ACUGAAGAGAUGGACCAAGUGGAUUUGCAGACGCCUACAGUGGAACUGAAAAAUUGAAGCGACCUUAGGAUCAUGGGCUCCUAAGAGAUGAUGCCAACAAGGAGUUGGAAGGCAUUCAUGGUACUCAAGCAUGAUGGAAACCAAGGGCAACUUCUGCCUUGGAACUUUUUUCUUGCGUCAGCAAGAUGCAGCCAACGAGAAGGGAAGGAAGAAUUAUGCAAGAUUUUUAGUUUCUGUCAGGAGGGUGGUGAUGGUAGUCACAACAACUCAUAGAAGAAGUAUUGAUCUUGAGUCUUUCUGUAACAUCUUAUUUCCUCUUCUAAGUUAUAAAGGGCAAUGGGAAGACUGAAAAAUAUUCCUGGAGUUAAGCUUGUGAUACUGAUAAAGGCAGAAUGGACAGAAAGCAUGGACAAUACACAGUGAAUGUUGAACACCCUGGAAAUCAACUACCAAGCACAUGUCCACAUGACCAUGAGGCUCACAGUGCCACUUGCUGGUGUCCACAUCAAAAUGACAUAACUAAUGACGUCUCCUCUAACUUAUCUGGGGUCUGGAUUAGCCCAGGAAUCCUUGCAUAGUCAAGAUGCUCACAGGCAGAAUUAUCCAAUACACAGAUAACAGAAAAGUCUCUGUGCUCUCUGUGGAAGGUUUUUCUGGCUUGUCUUUUGGCAUGUGUGAUAACAACAGUAAUGGGAGUCCUCAUACUAUCCCUGGUAAACAAUAAAGGGAAUAAUUCCACCAUUGUUAUCCAGCUACCCACAAGCAGUGGAGGGUCUCCAACAGCCUCUACUACUUCUCAGUCUACAGUGACCACCACUUCAGCUCAACCUACAACAGCAACUACUUCAGCAGGAUCUACAACCACUGCAUUCUCCACUGGCACUAUGAGAGCAACACCCUCAACCAUCACUUCAACUCAGCCUGUGUCCAUGACAGCUGCAGAUUCCACCACAGGAUCUGCAACCGCUGCAAAGUCCACUGCAGCUGUAGCCACAAUGGCUUCGACCAUCACUUCAUCUCAGCCUUGAACCACAACAGCUGCAAUGCCACUUGAAAGCAGUCGCCACAUCUGCCACAGGAUCUACAAUUACCACCACAUCCAGUGGAACAACAGCUUCAACAGCUUAACCUCUUAUUGCAACGGCCGCCACAACUUUGAGUGAAGCCACAGCUGUCACCAUUGCCAUUGGAUCUGCAGCUGUCGCAUCCGGCUCUCAAUGCGCAUCUUAAUUCACUACAGCCAUCAUUCCAACUGACUCUGCAAUCUCUACCCCUCAAGUUGGUUUUACAGCCAUAACAGCUAUUUUAUCACUUGAAGUUAAACCAUAGCUACCACCUCUUCAAUAGACUCUAAAACUGUUGUAACUUCAAUAAAUUUAGCUGACACUUGAAACAAUUACCAUUUGCGCCAUCUUGUCAGUGGUACCUACAACUGUGUACACUUCAACUAAAUCUAAAAUAAAUGCUAUUUCCACCUGCCCUACAAAUACUGUGACUUCUACCUAACAGUGCUAACCAAGCUCCUUCAGUAACUGCCAAUCUUCAUCUGUCCAUUUGCACCUGCAGUCACAGUCUCCCCUUAUCAUUUUUCCUUAACAGAACUAACACCACCCAUUAAAUGAUCUCUUCUAUAUCAGAUUAACCAUUAUCACCACUAAAAUAAACCAACUAUAAUGCACAAUGACUUUUCCCCAAACUAAAGGUAUAUAGCUACCACUGCUACCAUAACUGAAUCUUUGUCUUUACUUUUAUUUUCUUUUCAUCAUUAUUACUAUAUUGUACCUGCAGCAGUUAUCACAGGGCACUUGAAGAACAGUAAUUUAACCAUGAAUAGUGGAAGAAUUAUCUCAUAUUUCAUGAAA